CGUCCCCUCAUCAAAAAGCAUCUCCGAACCUAUCCAAGUUUUAGCUUGCAACUCCUUCACACGUGCGUCGGGCUGCCUGCAGCACGCUAUAGACUAUCUCGUCGCUCUCCGCACACUUGGCUGCACCCUUCUCGAGCCGCCCGCCGUCCUCAUUCCGCUCCUCCGCAUCAAGCUGUUCCGUAUCGGCCCCACGAGAGUGCCGAAGUACCUUCCUGUGCUGUGUUCUAUUGUCUACCCCCAGCGCGUUUCGCUGUCUCCCCCAUCUCCCGCUCCGCUUCGACUUCGUCCACGCUACUCCUCCCAUCAUAUGCAUCUCCAAUGUCCCCUCUAUAACCAAUCAACCUUACCCGCUGCCAUCGCGAUUUCUCCUAAACCAUCGCAGCUGGCCACGAUGAGUCAUAUUACUCCAAAGCGGGUUGUCCUCCGAUAAAUGCAGCGUACCGGCAUGGCUCUAUCAGGAGGCUGGAUCAUCCACUCGCUGGAAGCGACGCCCGCUAUCCUCACCGAAGAAGACAUAACGACAGCCUCGUUAGGAAAGAUCACAGAAUUCUACGAAGGAGUCAAGACGUUAAUGCUGAUAAGACUAGGGGGCUUGCCUCAGGACCUACGGGAAGAUCUCAUCAGUCGUCCGGCGCUUGAUUUCUAUGGCAUCCCCUAUGCAGCAGUUGAUUCAGAGAUGUACAGGGAUAUAGGCUGGGUAGAGGAGUGGUCCCAUGCGGUCACUGAAGUCAGUAUCCGGAUGCGCGGGUAUCCCAGGGAGUUACGCAAGCAGCUAAGGCAAGUCGCUGUCGCAGUACGGAUACCGUCAGGUCGGCAAGCCAUUGUCGAGAAAGAGAAGAUAAUAGAUACGGACCUAGCGUUCCUCUUUCUCGACCUCCCGAAGAAGAUUCGAUAUCAAGUGUAUCGGCAUCUGCUUGUUAAAGAGAAUAUUAUCGUCUGUGAUUGGGCUGCUGGAACUGAUGUUAAGAGCAUCAGGAGACGGACAGAUUACGACGUGAGAGUUGGAAAAGACCAGAGACGCACUACGUAUCAAGUUCGUGCUAUGGGAAAGAAGCAAGAAAUUGAUUUGGCGAUUAUGAGGGUCAACAAGCAGAUUGCAGAUGAGUCUGCAACGGUGUUCUAUGGCGAGAACACCUUCCAGUUUCUGGGCUGUAUGGACUCAGCGCUGUCUUUUCUCCAUGACCACGCUCGACACUUUGAUACGGUGCAGCGGGUUGAGAUUCGAUAUUCAUGCAACGUCGCCGCCUCAUUCAAGGGAUGCUACAACCUGACAUGUCCUAUCCCACUCGUGCCACUCACCUGGCCUCAUUCGUUCCGAAAACUAGUCAACUUCCUCGUCCACUGCUCCCGAGGCCUUGUUGACUUCAAACUCAUCCUCGACGACACAUUCUGGGAAGCCACCCCUUGGGAUCCUAGUGAUCCUCGAGGUUCUGCUCGCAAGGUCUUCUUCACGGACAACCUCUGCAAGCCACCACGGGCAAAGAAUUUCUCACCGACCGAAGCCAUCCAAAAUGGCAAUAGUCCCAAAUUCGUCGCGCGGAAUUUCUUGCAACACAUCGCUCGCUUAGGUGGGGUCAACAUCAUGCUAGACAUCGAAGGCUGGAAUAAGAACGCGGAACGACGGCGCUUUGCUAGGGAGCUGAUGGAUGUCGUCGUGCAGCACACGCUGCAGAGGCCAUAUCUGGCUGAUGAUGCGAAACCAGAAUGUGUCUGCCGGACACGGUACUUGAAAGAGUCCUGUAUCUGGGAUCGAGAUGGAAAGCCUGCGACAGGCGGUAUUUUGCCGUUUGCCGAUUCUAACGCCAUGCGCCACAGCUAA